AGGACAGGCAAGCCUGGCAUGCUGCAGUUCAUGGGGUCACAGAGUCAGACAUGACUUGGCGACUAAACAACAACAGAUGUGAGUUAUGCUGCCUUCAGGACUCCCUUCCAGGCACUUAGCGACAGCUGUGUUCUCUGCCUGGUUGGUACUCUAUCUCCCUAGCCCCAGGGCUGAGAGGGGGGUACCCCUGCUGGGGCAGAGUCGACACAGCUCUGCCCACCCCCGUCUCUACCCCCAGUGCCUCUGAUACAGGUGUUCAUGGUAUGGGGAAAGCUGGCAACCUUAAACAAGGAGCAGAGGAUAAGCACAGCCCAGCUGGCCUUGCCCACCUUCCACAGUAAACCCACCUGGGUGAGUGCCAAAGCCUUUGCAGUGCUGAGCUGCAUAGAUAUUGGAGCCUUCUCCCUUUGACUGCGGCGUGGACUCACUGUCCAGGAUGGAAGCUGGGAGACUGGGCGUGGGGAGACGCUGCCCCAUCCAAAGGGUGGGGCUAUUCAUCUUUGUCCCCUGGCUCCAUCCCAGUGUGUGACACACGGAGGUAACUUAGGAACUUUGUCAGAGGAUGGGUGAAGACCAGGGAGCGGCUGUGAGCGCCUCUGUUGGAAAGUGAUAAAGCAGGGAGCCAAGGUAUCAGUCAUGGGGAAAUGCUCAGACGGGCCUCUGCCCUUCACGCAGGAGGUCACGCAGGAGGAAAGGAAAACAGCUCUCCUUUUCAUUCUUCAAACAGAAAUACCUGUCCCCUUUUCUUGUCUGAUGCUUAAACAGGUGGUAGUACGCUGCCUGCCCUGCUGCUCUGAGCUUGCAGACUCCAUGGCUUGUGGCCCCUGGCAGGCUGGACAGUCUGUUCUGUGCUUGAAGGUCUCCGCCUUCAUCUUCAUCGACCUAAAUACGGCAGUUGCUCCUGCACACCCCAGCACAUCCCUGCUUCUGCAAGCUCGGAAGAAGGGGCAUGCAGGCCAUGGGAGCCCCUGAGCACCAGAAACUUCAGGUCUCUACGGCCCAUCGCUCCUUCUCUGUGCCUCUCCCCACCUCCGUGCCUCCCCUUAGCCUCCUGCCCCACAAAGAUGGCUGUGUGCUGAGGGACCGUGGUUGUUCGCGCUCUGGGAAAUUUAUCAGGGGAAUUCCAGAAGUCUCUCUGAAAAGGAUUUGAAGGGAAAAGUGUAGAAAAUAAAUAAGUCAGUUAGUCCCCAGCUCAGCCUCUCCUGAAUGCCGCAAGUAAACAGCUGGCCUGGGAAGCUCUGUCUUGGCCUCUGUGCUUACACCUGGCUCCCUGGCUGCCUCACCAGGUCCCUCCUUCCUGCCUCUGCCCUGUCCAGCCCCUCCUCCUUGCCUUUGGGAGCCUCAAAAGUCAGGGAACACCCCCACCUCUGGCCUGUCCUUGUGCUGUGGGACGCUGGGACGCUGGUGGCUGGGGACAACAGGAGCUUGUGGGAGAGGAGACCGCCCGAGGCUCCGGCACAGCCCUGCUCCGUCUGAGCAAGUCCCCCGGCCUCCGCCCUGCUCAGGGAGUCAGGGUGGUCUCCCUUGAGAUCGACCUUUUCAAACACGGUGCUCCAGGCAGUGACUUCCAGUUGAUCGACUUGGCCCAGGAAUUGCAACUGACUUGCCCUCCCAGCUGAGAAGCCUGAAACUGGCAACUGUCCUGUCCAGGUGUGUCUAGGCCUGGGGCCUGAUGCAUUAGGACAAAACCUGGUCACUGGCCCAACCUAAAUGCAAGAGGGGCUGGGGAAGGUGAAGAGCAUGUGGGUACCUGGACCAGGUGUCCCCCACCUGAACGACGAGCCAGGUCCUGAGUGAUGCCCCUGAGCUGAGUGCCCACGGCCCCACCCUUCCCCAUGGAGAAAGGACUCUCUUUGCCCCAGGACUGCCGACAUUUUCUGCACAGCCUGAGAAUGAGGAGCAAAUAUGCCCUUUUCCUGGCUUUUGUGGUGGUGGUUUUUGUCUUCAUUGAAAAGGAAAAUAAAAUCAUAUCAAGGGUCUCAGACAAGCUGAAGCAGAUCCCCCAAUCCCUGGUAGAUGCCAAUAGCACCGACCCAGCCCUGGUCUUGGCCGAGAACGCAUCCCUCCUGUCCCUGAGUGAGCUGGAUUCGGCCUUCCUGCAGCUGCAGAGGCGCCUGCGAAACCUCAGUCUGCAGCUGGGCAUGGAGCCAGCAGAGGAGGCCGAGGAGGAGCAGAGGCUGGAGGCGGAAGAGGAGUGGGAGCAGCUGGAACCCCGCCCACCCGCCGAGGCCCCGCCCCGGCGCCACGUACUCCUCAUGGCCACAACUCGCACGGGUUCCUCGUUUGUGGGAGAGUUCUUCAAUCAGCAGGGCAAUAUCUUCUACCUCUUCGAGCCGCUGUGGCACAUCGAGCGCACGGUGUCCUUCGAGCAGGGUGGUGCCAACGCCGCGGGCUCGGCCCUGGUCUACCGCGAUGUGCUCAAGCAGCUCUUCCUGUGCGACCUCUACAUCCUGGAGCACUUCAUCAUCCCGGCGCCCGAGGACCACCUGACCCAGUUCGUAUUCCGCCGGGGCUCCAGCCACUCCCUCUGCGAGGAACCCGUCUGCACACCCCUCGUCAAGAAGGUCUUCGAGAAGUAUCCCUGCAAGAACCGCCGCUGUGGCCCUCUCAACAUGACGCUGGCCGCUGAAGCCUGCCGCCGCAAGGAGCACAUGGCCAUCAAGGCCGUCCGCAUCAGGCAACUGGAGUUCCUGCAGCCGCUGGCCGAGGACCCCCGUCUCGACCUGCGCGUCAUCCAGCUGGUGCGCGACCCCCGCGCUGUGCUGGCCUCCCGCAUGGUGGCCUUCGCGGACAAGUACGAGACCUGGAAGAAGUGGUUGGCCAAGGGACAGGACCAGCUGAGGGAGGAGGAGGUGCUGCGGCUAAAGGGCAACUGUGAGAGCAUCCGCCUAUCCGCCGAGUUGGGCCUGAGGCAGCCGGCUUGGCUGCGGGGUCGCUACAUGCUGGUGCGCUACGAGGACGUGGCCCUCCGGCCGCUACAGAAGGCCCAGGAGAUGUAUCGCUUUGCAGGCAUCCCCCUAACCCCGCAGGUGGAGGACUGGAUCCAGAAGAACACCCAGGCGGCGCACGACGGCAUCUACUCCACGCAGAAGAACUCCUCGGAACAGUUCGAAAAAUGGCGCUUCAGCAUGCCCUUCAAGCUGGCGCAGGUGGUGCAGGCCGCCUGCGGCCCUGCCAUGCGCCUCUUCGGCUACAAGCCGGUGCAGGAUGCCGCCUCUCUUUCCAACCGCUCCGUCAGCCUGCUGGAGGAGCGCGGCACCUUCUGGGUUACGUAGGGGGCCUGGGGUGCCAGCACCCCUGCUGCUGAAAGUCCCGCUCUGCCUGCCUCACCCAGGCCCGCGGGGAGUCUGCGGCGCUGCCGCAGGGCGUGGGCUGGAAGACGCACCGGGCGUAAGCCGCGCCUGCGCUGUAGAAGUAGGCCCCCAGCCAGCUCGCUUCCCCUGCAGCUGUGGGCCCGGGGCUUCCCGCUGAGAACAGGACGGUGGCCGGCCCUUUUGAGGGCUGUCAAACCCAGACCUAAGGGACUGUCGUCUCCUAAGCAGACCCAGGCAGGCCCGGGCCUGUUCACAAUUCUUUCUCUCCUCUCCCUCUUCUCUGUCACACACACACACACACACACACACACACAAUAUUUGUAACCCCCGGACCCCCGGGCCUGUUCACAAUUCUUUCUCUCCUCUCCCUCUUCUCUGUCACACACACACACACACACACACAAUAUUUGUAACCCCC